AGCGUUUUUUUUUUUUUUUUUUUAAAUAAAAAAAAACUUAAUUUAUACAGUAUAUGGCUUACUUGCUUUUUUGUUUAUUCUCAGGUAAAACGUUUCAAAUAAACUAGUAGCCUACUGUAUGAAGAAACUGUAUCAAUAUUGGUUGGUAGUUGGCCGAGUGCGCGUUUAGUAAAAUGCUGAACGCUGCAAGGAUGUGUGGUAUGCGAUAGCCGCACGAAUCUCAAGAGAACAUCUUCAGUCACGGCGAUUUUUUUUUUUCUUCUAAUCUCGACGCCCCCUAUGGCACAAACUCGAGUAUUUCCCAAGCAGCUGAGUUCUUCUCAGCAGCCUUCGCGCGGAAACCCUGCUGUAGCGAGAGAGGCUUAGAGCAAAGCGCGCGGAACCUAGCCAGCCGUCGUAUUGCGGGAUGAAAUGAAAGCCGUUUAAUUAUUUAGACUUUCUUUCUUUGGAGGGAUAAAGCGGGUGCUGCAGAGAAAGAAUGGGAGGAGAAAAUUAUUUUUCGUUUCAUCAGGGAGAGAGCCGCUGAAAAUGCACCAGUUUCCAGUUCUGACUUAAAAGAGCAAAGCCGUUAUACAUAUGCAUAUCAUCAUCGUUCCUUCUCCUGAGACAAAACUGCCGUUUCUCAUCAAGUGGUGGACCUUCUCCCGUCUGCCAUGGCUCUCGUCGUCCAGCUAAAAAGGGUUACAGACCUGCGGGGAAAGGGAGACAGGAUUGCUAAAGUGUCAUUCCGAGGGCUGUCCUUCUACACGCGUGUCCUGGAGAACUGCGAAGAUGAGGCCAGGUUCGAUGAGACUUUCAGAUGGCCAAUCGCCAGCAAGAUUGAUGGCAACGAGAUGUUGGAGAUUCAAGUGUUCAACUACAGCAAAGUCUUCACAAACAGGCUGAUUGGAACGUUCCGGAUGGUUCUGCAGAAGGUGGUGGAAGACGCCCAGCUGGAGAUCUCCGACACCCUGAUCGACGACAACAACACGGCCAUACAGACAGGCGUCUCCAUAGAGAUAAGGUACCAGGCCAUGGACGGGACGGUGGGGGUGUGGAGCGACGGGGAGUUCCUGGAGGUGCCCGGCGAGCAGGACGGGGCGUUCCAGUUCGAGACGGACAGCCUGCUGUCGGGCCACAGCCAGGGGUCGGGGGUGUCGCCUGGGAGGUCCACCUCCAGCCUCCCCUUCAGGAAAGCCGGAAAGGGGGUCUUCUCAGCCAUGAAGCUCGGCAAGGUGCGCUCCUCCAAGGACGACCACAAAAAAGGAGAUGAGCCGGCGGUUCUGGAGACGGAGGACCUGGACCGGAGGGCCAUGCGUCUGGGCGGGGGCCUGGACCCCGACACCAUCUCCCUGGCCUCCGUCACGGCCGUCACCACCAACGUCUCCAACAAGAGAUCAAAGCCAGACAUAAAGAUGGAGCCCAGUGCGGGGCGGCCAGUGGAUUACCAGAUCAGCGUGACAGUGAUCGAGGCCCGUCAGCUGGUGGGCCUGAACAUGGACCCGGUGGUCUGCGUGGAGAUUGGGGAGGAGAAGAAGCACACCUCCAUGAAGGAGUCGACAAACUGCCCCUACUACAACGAGUACUUCGUCUUCGACUUCCACGUGCCCCCUGACGUCAUGUUUGACAAGAUCUUGAAGUUGUCCGUGAUCCAUUCUAAAAACCUCCUGCGCAGCGGGACCCUCGUCGGCACGUUCAAGCUGGACGUCGGCACCGUCUACUCGCAGCCUGAACACCAGUUCUACCACAAAUGGGCCAUGCUCUCCGACCCCGAUGACAUCACCGCCGGGUGCAAAGGCUACGUGAAGUGCGACGUGGCGGUGGUGGGGAAGGGCGACAACAUCAAAACGCCGCACAAGGCCAACGAGACGGACGAGGACGACAUAGAGGGGAACUUGCUGUUGCCCGAGGGGGUCCCGUCCGAAAGACAGUGGGCACGCUUCUAUGUGAAGAUCUUCCGAGCGGAGGGACUGCCCAAAAUGAACACCAGCAUCAUGGCCAACGUGAAGAAGGCCUUCAUCGGAGAGAACAAAGACCUGGUGGACCCCUACGUCCAAGUGAUUUUCGCUGGGCAGAAGGGGAAGACCUCGGUCCAGAAGAGCAGCUACGAGCCCGUGUGGAACGAGCAGAUCGUCUUCACCGAGAUGUUCCCGCCGCUCUGCAAGCGCAUGAAGAUCCAGAUCCGAGACUCCGAGCAAGGUCGCAGACGACGCGCCAAGACAGGCUUCCUCCCGACGAUGGGUCCCGCCUGGGUGAACAUGUACGGCUCCACGCGGAACUACACCCUGAUGGACGAGCACCAGGACCUGAACGAGGGCCUCGGGGAGGGCGUGUCCUUCCGGGCCCGGCUGCUCGUCAGCAUCGCCGUGGAGAUCCUGGACACCGCCUCCGCCGAGAUCGUCAGCUCCACCGAGGUGCAGGUGGAGGGCGUGCCCAACAUCUCCGAGUCGGCUGCUGGGAAAAUCGAGGAGUUCUUUCUGUUUGGGGCCUUUCUGGAAGCCACUAUGAUUGAUAGGAAGAUCGGAGACAAGCCGAUCAACUUUGAAGUUACAAUAGGUAACUAUGGUAACCAGAUCGAUGGGGUGAGCAAGCCAGCCUUGUCUAAAAAGAAGAAGAAAGAUGGUGAUGACAGUGAGGAAGAGGAGUCGGAGCUGAUCCAGAACUCCAGCGAUGAAGAGGCCGAUGACGAUGGGGACCUGAUGUCCGUCUCCUCCACCCCGCCCAUGAAGCCCGUCAUCACAGACAGGAAUUACUUCCACCUGCCGUACUUUGAGAAGAAGCCCUGCAUCUACAUCAAGAGCUGGUGGCAGGACCAGAGGAGACGGCUGUACAACGCCAACAUCAUGGACAAGAUGGCCGACAAACUGGAGGAGGGGCUGAACGACGUUCAGGAGAUCAUAAAGACGGAGAAGGCCUACCCUGAACGCAGGCUGCGCGGGGUCCUCGAGGAGCUCAGCAUCGGCUGCAGUCGAUUUGUGACCCUGGCUAACAAAGACCAGAACCAGGCGGGCAGAACCAAGCUGGACCGAGAGCGCCUGAAAUCAUGCAUGAGAGAAGUGGAAAACAUGGGUCAGCAGGCAAAGAUCAUUCGCUCUCAGGUGAAGAGGAACACGGUGCGGGACAAACUCAAACUGGUUCACAACUUCCUGCAGAAGCUGCGCUUCCUGGCAGAUGAGCCCCAGCACAGCAUCCCGGACGUGUUCAUCUGGAUGAUGAGCAACAACAAGCGGGUGGCCUACGCCCGCGUCCCCUCCAAGGACAUCCUGUACUCCAUCGUGGACGAGGAGAGCGGGAAGGACUGCGGGAAGGUCAAGGCCGUCUUCCUCAGGCUCCCCGGAAAGAAGGGCUUCGGUCAGGCGGGCUGGACGGUCCAGGCCAAGAUGGAGAUGUACCUGUGGCUGGGUCUGAACAAGCAGCGCAAGGACUUCCUGAGCGGCCUGCCCAGCGGCUUCCAGGAGGUCAAAGCCGCCAAGGGCCCCGGCCUGCAGUCCGUGCCCCCCAUCAGCCUCGUCUACAACAUGAAGCAGGUGUUCCAGCUGAGGGCGCACAUGUACCAGGCCCGCAGCCUGUUCGCCGCGGACAGCAGCGGCCUGUCGGACCCCUUCGCCCGCGUCUUCUUCUCCACCCACAGCCAGGUCACUGAGGUGCUGAAUGAGACCCUGUGCCCCACCUGGGACCAGCUGCUGGUGUUCGAUAACGUGGAGCUUUUCGGGGAGGCCUGCGAGCUGCGGGACGACCCCCCCAUCAUCGUCGUGGAGAUCUACGACCAGGACACUGUGGGCAAGGCGGAGUAUAUCGGCAGAACCUUCGCCAAGCCCGUCACCAAGAUGGCGGACGAGCACUACGGCCCGCCCCGCUUCCCGCCGCAGCUGGAGUACUACCAGAUCUACCGCGGGAACUACACGGCCGGCGACCUGCUGGCCGCCUUCGAACUGCUGCAGGUGGGCCUGGCCGGAAAGGCGGACCUGCCCCCCAUCGACGGCCCGACGGAUUCGGACCGAGGGCCCAUCCUACCGGUCCCGCUCGGAAUUCGGCCCGUCCUGAGCCGAUACCGGAUCGAGGUGCUGUUCUGGGGCCUUCGGGACCUGAAGCGGGUUAACCUGGCCCAGGUGGACCGGCCGCGGGUGGACAUCGAGUGCGCCGGGAAGGGGGUGCAGUCCGCGCUCAUUCAGAACUACAAGAAGAACCCCAAUUUCAGCACCCUGGUCAAGUGGUUCGAGGUGGACCUACCGGAGAAUGAGCUUCUGCAUCCUCCCCUCAACAUUCGUGUGGUGGACUGCCGGGCGUUUGGGCGCUACACGCUGGUGGGGUCCCACGCUGUCACCACCCUCCGAAAGUUCAUCUAUACCCCACCAGACAAGAGCACCAACAACUGGGCCUCUACAGCCAGACUGCUGAACAGCUGCAUGGUGCUCGCCAAUGGGACGUCCCACUCUCGCACCCUCUCUGCCCCCACAGGGGACAUAGUGGUCAACAUGGAGCCGGACGCCCCCGUCAAGAAGAUGGAGACCGUGGUCAAGAUGGACGCUACUUCUGAUGCUGUUGUUAAAAUCGAUGUGAAUGAAGAAGAGAAAGAAAAGAAGAAGAAGAAGAAAAAGAAGGGCGAGGAGGUGGAGGAGGAGGAGCAAGACGAGAGCACGCUGGACUGGUGGUCCAAAUACUUUGCCUCCAUCGAGACCCUGAUGGAGAUGCUCCGGGCACAGGAAGCAGCUCAGGUGGAAGCCGAGGAGAAGGAGGAUCUAGAGAUCGCGGCAGAGAGCACAGGCUCUAAGGGUAAAGAGAAGGCCCGGGACAAGGCCCGGGGCUGGAAGGACAGGAAGAAGGUUCAGGCCGCCGACGCCGCGGAGAAGAAGCAGAACAAGCCCCGAGUGGACGAGCUGCUGGUGUACAACAAAGAGCUGGAGCAGGAGUACGGGAACUUCGAGGACUGGCUGCACACCUUCAGCCUGUUCCGCGGGAAGGCCGGGGACGACGACGACCAGAGCGUGGCGGACGACGACCGGAUCGUCGGCCGGUACAAGGGGUCGCUGUGCAUGUACAAGCUCCCCCUUUCGGAGGAGAUCUCCCGGGAGGCGGGGUUCGACCCCAACAUGGGCAUGUUCCAGGGCAUUCCGCACAACGACCCUAUCAACGUCCUGGUCCGCGUGUAUGUCGUCAGGGCGACGAGAUCUGGCACCAGCGACAUCAACGGAAGGCACACAUCUGCACAAACUGCCGAGAUCAAGGACAAGGAAAACUACAUCUCCAAGCAGCUCAAUCCUGUCUUCGGGAAGUCCUUCGACAUCGAGGCCACCUUCCCCAUGGAGUCCAUGCUCACCGUGUCUGUGUACGACUGGGACCUGGUGGGCACCGAUGACCUCAUCGGCGAGACCAAGAUCGACCUGGAGAACCGCUACUACAGCAAGCACCGGGCCACCUGCGGGAUCUCCUCCCACUACGCUGUCCAUGGUUACAACCAGUGGCGGGACCCCAUGAAGCCGACGCAGAUCCUGGCCAGGCUGUGCAAGGAGGGCAAGCUGGACGGGCCCCACUACGGCCCCGGGGGCCGCGUCAAGGUGGCCAACCGCGUCUUCCUGGGGCCCACCGAGAUCGAGGACGAGAACGGCCUGAAGAAGCAGACGGACGAGCACCUGGCCCUGACGGUGCUGAGGCACUGGGAGGAGAUCCCCCGCGUGGGCUGCAGGCUCAUCACCGAGCACGUGGAGACCCGGCCCCUCCUCAACCCGGACAAGCCCGGCAUCGAGCAGGGCAGAAUUGAGAUGUGGGUGGACAUGUUUCCUAUGGACAUGCCUGCCCCUGGCCCAGCCACCGACAUCUCCCCCCGGAAACCAAAGAGAUAUGAGCUCAGGGUGAUAAUUUGGAAUACAGACGAAGUAAUUCUGGAGGACGAUGAUUACUUCACUGGGGAAAAGUCCAGUGACAUUUUUGUGCGGGGUUGGCUGAAGGGUCAGCAGGAGGACAAGCAGGACACGGACGUCCACUACCAUUCGCUCACUGGGGAGGGGAACUUCAACUGGCGUUUCGUCUACCCCUUCGACUACCUGCUGGCCGAGGAGAAGAUCGUCAUCUCCAAGAAGGAGUCCAUGUUCUCCUGGGACGAGACCGAGUACAAGAUCCCCGCCCGCCUCACCCUGCAAGUGUGGGACGCCGACCACUUCUCAGCCGACGACUUCCUGGGCGCUAUCGAGCUGGACCUGAAUCGGUUCCCUCGGGGGGCGAAAACGGCGAAGCAGUGCUCCAUCGCCAUGGUGGCGAGCGAGCUGGAGCUGCCCACCGUCUCCAUCUUCAAGCAGAAGCGCGUGAAGGGCUGGUGGCCGUUCGUGGCGCGGGACGAGAACGACGAGCUCGAGCUCACGGGGAAAGUGGAGGCGGAGCUUCACCUCAUGACAGCAGAGGAGGCGGAGAAGAAUCCUGUGGGCCUGGGUCGCAGCGAGCCAGACCCCCUGGAGAAACCAAACCGACCCGACACCACGUUCCUCUGGUUCCUCAGCCCGCUCAAAGCGAUCCGAUACCUCAUCUGCAACCGGUACAAGUGGCUGAUCAUUAAGAUCAUCCUGGCCCUGCUGCUGCUGGUGAUGGUGGGCCUGUUCCUCUACAGCAUGCCGGGCUACCUGGUGAAGAAACUGCUGGGGGCGUGAGGAGGCAGUGAGGGAGGGAGGGGGUUUGGCAGGAAGUGACAUCAUCCUAAGCUCCACCCCCUUCUCUCUCGCCACUCGACCAGUCAACCGAUUGCUUCGACAUUCCACCACUGACACUAUUGCCUUUGCUUGACUUGCUUCUCUAUGGCGUCUGUGAACUUUUAAUUUAUUUUUGUUUGUUUUUUUUUUAAGUUUGAUGCUGCAGUUUGUUGGUAAUAAUUCAUAUUGCAUGGAUACUUUGAACAUUGUAGUGUUCAGUAAUACUGAAGUUUUUCUGAUUUAUUUAUUUUGUAUAUUUAUUUUGCUUUGGUCUCUAUGUCUGAUGGAACUUUGUAGACUGGUUUUUGAUUAACCUAAGCAUUUCACAAAAACAUAACGGUGUACCUUCCUUUGGAUAAUCAUUUCUACUGUGUCUAAGGCAGCCUAUUGCACAGUUGUAUUGGGGGAAGCCAGGACGAUUUUGCCAACAUGUGCACGUUGAAAAUAGGUUUUUGAAGGUUUUGAAAAACCAAUUAUUUUUUAAAUAACCCCUUUGGCAAAUGAAACAUUUUGGGUAUCUUGGAAAUCACCUGUAGACAUUUUGGACUGAAGUGCAACAAGAUGUACAUUAUGGAUACCAUCCGUAACAAUACAUAAACAAAAAGGUAGCAGCACAACAGAUGUUAUUGUUCAGGUUAUUGAAUGCAACUUCUUACCAUGUAUUACUGUGACCUGUAGGAUUAGAAUUCCCCCACCUUACAGUUAAGGCAAAAUUUUUACUUGGCUUGUAAAGAUGUGGCGUUUCAGUCCUUAACCAAAGUCGACGCAUGCCUUCCCAAAGACGGGGUGAUCCGACCUCACUCUUCCUCUUCACUCUUCCUCUUGACAAAAAGGCGCGCUUGGACGCUAAUUCCCUUUAUCCACUGUCUGAGCGCAGGUUGAGUAGAGUUAAAUCUGGCCACAGGCACCUCAGGAGGUAACACGUAUUUGCAAAACAAA